AUGUUUAUACAGAAAUCUUUGGCAUCUGCCUUUGCUCUGCUGGGGUGCGCGUCCGCAGCGGUUAUCCCCAACAAUGACGGGUUUCCCAAGCCCGACGCGCAGCAAUCGCUCUCCAUUGCCAAAAGCGCCGGCGGCCUGCUUCCCAACGUGCCACUUCCUACCAAGCUGGGACCGGGAAGCAAAACCACAUUCCAGCUGAUUGCCUUCAACGAGCUGUUCGAAGUUGCCUUCUUCGACUCGCUCCUCCAAAACGUCACAAAAGGUGUCGAGGGUUACAAGAUCAAUGCUCACAAGGAAAAGAUUACCAAGAUCUUGACAACAGUGCGAGCGCAAGAAGAGCAGCAUGCCAUCGCUGCAGAUGCCGCCCUCACGACAGCCGGCGAGUUCUCGCCAGCCGCUUGCCAGUAUCAGUUUCCCACCAACGACCUUGCCAGCGCCAUCAGCCUCGCCGAGACCUUCACGGCCGUCGUCCUGGGCGCACUACAAGGUGCCAAUGUCAUCUUCGCGAAAGAAAACCUGACAAUCCCUAUUCAGCUCAUUUCCUCUGUCAUUGGACAAGAGGGUGAGCAGAAUGGCUUCUACCGCCACCUCAUCAAGCAGGUUCCUUCGGAGUCGCCCUUCCUGACUACGGUCCCUGCCGCGUUUGCCUUUUCGGCCCUGCAGCUCUUCGUGGUCCCCGGAUCGUGCCCGUUUCCCCUCGCAAACAUCGAUCUACCAAUUCUGCCUCCGCUUGCGGUCAACGGCGGUCCUGUGGCCGCCAUCGAGCCCAAAGACCAGAGCCUGUCCUUCUCGGCUGAUCUCACCGACGCCAAGGACAAGAAGUCCUAUGUCGGCUCCGACGGCUCCAAGCUCUGGCUGACUUACACCACCGGCCAGCAGAAGCCCAUCUCGGUGUCCAUCACCAACGUCAAGUGGAACGGCGACAAAAUCUCUUUUGACGCCGACUUUCCUUUUGAGGAGAAUGUCAUGAUGGGCUUCAGCCACGCCGCUCUUACGACAGGGAAGGACUUCGCGUCUGCAGACGAUAUUGUCAGCGCGGCACUGGCUGCGCCCGCCAUCAUCCAGGUGGAGCACACAUCGGACUGCAAGAAGCUGGCGGAUGACCUCUACCGUUGA